AUGGUCGCUAAAAGGUGGAUACUGGGUUUGCUCACAGUUUACAUUCUGGUGGACCGAGAUGAGGCUGUAGUUAGGACUUAUUUCAUUGGUAUAACGGAGGAAAGUUGGGAUUAUGCGCCCAGCGGACAUAACCGUAUCAAUGGAAAACCUGUUGCGGAGGAUGAGCAUGCUUCAGUAUUCCUGUUGCAAGGUCCUCACAGGAUUGGACGUGUGUACAAGAAGGCAAUAUACAGGGAGUACACAAAUAGCUCAUACUCCCAGGAGAUCCCUAAACCCGCCUGGCUGGGCUUCCUGGGUCCAGUCCUCAAAGCGGAGGUGGGUGAUGUCAUUGUGGUCCACCUGAAGAAUUUUGCCUCCAGGCGCUACUCCAUGCAUCCACACGGUGUCUUUUAUGAGAAAGACUCAGAAGGGGCGCUGUAUCCCGACGGGACCUCAGGGAGACUGAAACAGGACGACGCUGUCCCGCCCGGAGAGACGCACACUUACACCUGGACCGUGACGCCAGAGUACGCGCCCACGAGAGGGGACGCUAACUGUCUGACUUGGGUAUACCACUCCCAUCACGAUGCUCCUCGAGACAUCAACUCUGGCCUCAUUGGAGCUCUCCUCACCUGUAAGAAAGGUACACUGCAGUCAGUCUCCAGACUGAACCACACUGAGCUCAGACGUGGUGACGUGGACCAAGACUUUAUCCUCAUGUUUAAUGUGGUGGAUGAGAACCAAAGCUGGUACCUGAAGGAGAACAUUCAGACCUUCUGUUCUGAUCCUGCGGGUGUUGACCCAGAUGAUGAGGGCUUCAAGGAGUCCAACAAAAUGCAUGCGAUUAACGGGUAUAUGUAUGGUAACCUGCCUGGCAUUGAACUUUGUAAGAACCGUACAGUUGCAUGGCACCUCUUUGGCAUGGGAAAUGAGGUGGACAUCCACUCGGCGUACUUCCAUGGGCAAACAGUGCUGCACCGCGGACACCGUGUUGAUGUCCUCAGCCUGUUUGCUGCCACCUUCAUUACUGCAGAUAUGGUGCCCAAGACAAACGGGAUAUGGCUGCUCAACUGCCAAGUCAACGAUCAUCUGCAAGCUGGCAUGCAGGCCCUCUUCGAGGUCUCCUCCUGCGGAGAUGAAGGAGAGUCUGUACUCCCACUGGGUGGUCAAGUAAGACAGUACUUCAUUGCCGCUGAGAAAAUUAAAUGGAACUACGCCCCAUCUGGAACAGACACUCAACACAACCUGUCACUUACAGACAGCACAAGUCAGUCAGAGGUUUUCUUUGGAAGGGACGGUGGAAGACUCGGUGGCGAGUAUGUGAAGGUCGUUUAUCGGCUUUACAGCGACGACACAUUCACCACAAAGAAGGAGAGAACCAGCGCUGAGACACACCUCGGCCUCCUGGGUCCAGUACUGAGAGCUGAGGUUGGGGAUGUCCUUCUGGUAACAUUCAUGAACAAGGCAGACAGGAACUACAGCAUACAGCCUCAUGGCUUGCAGUAUGAUAAGCAGUUUGAGGGAGCCCUUUACCAGGAUGGUACAUUGAGUAAUGGUUCUCAGGUACAGCCAGGAGACAAAUUCACCUACAGGUGGUUGGUGAAGGACGGCCCAUCCCCUAGCGAUCCACCCUGUAUCUCCUACCUGUACUUCUCAGCCACUGAUCCAGUCAGAGACACAAACUCUGGACUCAUUGGCCCUCUACUGGUCUGCAAAAGAAGUGCACUGGAUUCCAAUAAUACUCAGGAGGGUGUGGUCAAGGAGUUUGUGUUACUCUUUUCUGUCACUGAUGAGAACCUCAGUUGGUACUUGGAUGAGAACAUUCAGACUUUUGGGUCAAAUGAAUCCGACCCAGAGAAUGAGGACUUUAUGGAGAGCAAUAAAAUGCAUGCUGUGAAUGGGUACAUGUAUGGAAACCUCCCAGGCCUUGAGAUGUGUGUAGGGGACCUGGUAAGGUGGCACAUCCUGGGACUUGGCACCGAGGUAGACAUGCAUGGGGUUCACUUCCAGGGCAACACCUUCCGAACCAAGGGCACAACACGGGACACGCUCAGCCUGUUCCCACACACCUCGACAACCAUAUCCAUGCAACCAGACACAGCAGGUGUGUUUGAGGUGAGCUGCAGAGUAAGUGACCACUACGUUGGAGGAAUGAGGCAGCAGUACACUGUGAGGAGGUGCAAGGCUCCGAAUAAUUCACACACAGCCUCCUCAGUGGUGGAGUACUUCAUCAGUGCUGAGGAGCUGGAGUGGGACUACUCCCCCGAUCGCAGCUGGGAGCUGGAGAAAUAUAACACGACUGAGGAGAACAGUCCGGGCAGCGUAUUUGUUGGGAAAGGGAAAAAGAGGGUUGGGUCUCGCUACAAGAAAGCGGUGUACAGGCAGUACACUGAUGCUACUUUUAGGAUCGAGAGAGAGAGGUCAACCAAAGAGAAGCAUCUAGAAAUACUUGGACCGAUAAUCCGGGCAGAGGUUGGAGAGACAAUCCUGAUUACGUUCAUGAACAAAGCUAGUCGUGCCUACUCUAUGUAUGCCCAUGGGGUGGAGACCACUGGCUCCCAUCCAGUACCUGUUAUGCCGGGAAAUGUGACCCAGUACAAGUGGAAUGUUCCAGAAAGAUCUGGCCCAGGCCUCUCAGAUCCAAACUGCAUCUCGUUUGCCUACUACUCAGAUGUUGACUAUGUUAAGGACGUAGCCAGUGGACUGAUUGGACCCAUAGUGAUAUGCCGGAAUGGUGUUCUUGAUAAGGCCAGACAGAGAUUAGAUGUGGAUCGGGAAUUUGCUCUUCUUUUCUUGGUGUUUGACGAGAAUGAGUCCUGGUACUUGGAGGACAACAUUCAAACUUACCUAAUGGACUCUGACACUCUUCGGAGGGAUAAUGAAUUUCUGGAGAGCAACCGAAUGCAUGGUAUCAACGGGAGACUGUACGGUAACCUGCAUGGCCUGGAGAUGGUGGAGGGGGAGAAGGUGAACUUUUACCUCCUGGGCAUGGGUAACGAGGUGGAUGUGCACACUGUUCACCUCCACGCACAGACUUUCACUUAUAAGAUGGACCUGGAACACCGGGCUGAUGUCUUUGACCUCUUCCCUGGGACUUUUCAGACUGUGGAAAUGGUGGCUGAGAAAGAGGGAACAUGGCUCUUGCACUGUCACAUAGCUGAUCACAUCCACGCAGGCAUGGAAACCACCUUCACCAUCAAGUCACGUUCAGUCGGCAUUGCUUCAAAUGCUGUGUCCGCUCUGAUGCAAGACGUGGGCAUUUUGGACAUCCUGGCCGUCCCCUUGUCUCUGACACUGUUGGGAUCUGCACUGCACUAGGCUGUUCUCCUCACUGUUCUGCUCUACAGCCAGCCUGUUUAGGCUUAUAUUUGAUUACAGAUAAUUAAGUAAUUAAGUCUAAAGCAUUUUAAUCAUAUUUUUUCAAUCUGUUGCACAAGGACUGCACAUAAUUAAAGUAUUGCGUGAGAUUAUGUUCGUGUUUUUGAUUAUG